AUGGGAUUAUUAUCGAUCAUCAGAAAGCAGAAGCUUAAAGAAAAGGAGGUCAGGGUGUUGAUGUUGGGAUUGGACAACUCCGGUAAGACCACUAUUGUCAAAUCUUUGCUUCACAAAGAUAUCAAGGAGAUCUCCCCCACGAUGGGCUUCAAUAUAGACACAAUCAGUUACAAAGGUUUCAACAUGAAUAUAUGGGAUAUCGGUGGGCAGAGUUCGUUGAGGACAUUCUGGUUCAACUAUUUUGAAAAGACAGAUUUCCUCGUAUGGGUAAUCGACUCCUCGAGUCUUCAGAGGUUGUCUGAGAACUUCAAAGAGUUUGACAAAGUAUUAAAAGAGGAUCGAUUGGCUGGUUGCGGAUUACUUAUAUUGAUCAACAAGAUUGACGUCUAUCAGGGUGACACGGAAAAGUUGAAAGAAGCUGUUAUAAAUACGCUACAACUACAGAAACUGGAGAAUCAUUGCUGGAAUUUACUAUGCUGUAGUGCAUAUUCCGGGAAGAACUUGACUAAAGGAAUGGAUUGGAUAGUAGAUGAGUAUGAAAGGAAGUACUAUAUUAUUUGA